AUGUCGGAAAAACAUUUGCAAACUGGUGACGUUCUUCCUCCUCAUAAUGGAAAACUGCGCUUAUUUGCAAUGAGGUUUUGCCCGUAUGCUGAAAGAAGUGUACUUGUUUUAAACGCUAAAAAUAUACAACAUGACUUGGUCUUUAUUAAUUUGGAUCACAAACCGGAAUGGAUAUUUAACUACAGUCCAAAAGGAACUGUACCGGCUUUGGAGUAUGAGCAAGGAAAAGGAAUCUUUGAUAGUAAUAUCAUAAAUGUAUAUCUUGAUGAAAAAUAUCCUGAAAUCCCUCUUCAAGCAACUGAUCCAUUAAGAAGAGCUCAGGAUAAAAUGCUUGUUGAGCAGUUUGCUGGUGCCCAAUCUGCAUAUUACACUGCAGCUUUUAAUGCUCAAGCUCUGCAACCUAAUAUGGUUGAAAACUACCACAAAGGACUAGAACUGUUACAAAAGGAUCUGGAAUCUCGUGGAACUAAAUUUUUACAUGGUGAUAAACCCGGAUUAAUUGAUUAUACCAUUUGGCCAUUCCUGGAACGCUUUGAAGCUCUUCCUCUGUUGGGCAAGGCUGAUUUUGCCAUAGAUAAAGAUAAAUAUGGACUACUGGCAAGCUACAUGGAAGCAAUGCGCAAUGAUCCAGCUGUGAAAUCUUAUGCCUUAGCACCAGACACUCAUGCCAAGUUCACUGAAUCGCGUGUAAAGGGUGAUGCAAACUACAACAUGUUGGAUACUAGUGACGUUUGCUGUAUGCGCCCCAGAAAGAAGAAGGAA